AUGUCCAGACCACGAACUUAUCAAGGACAUCGGGUCAGGUCUCAACUGGGUUUUACAUCCAUUUUGGAACGAUCAUACCAGGGAGAUAUCAAGGAGGUUGUGAUUACCCACAAAGAACGGCUCUACUGCUUCAUUUCUGAACUUGUCAAAUGUAUCUUUGUUAAGCACGAUACAAAGGUUGUGGUACUCGGUUCGGAUAUUAACGUUGAUGACACUGAAUCCAGUGACUUGCCGAGGACUAAUUAUCAAUCGUUACUAUCUUCACAGCAAAACACAAUUGGCUCAGGUCAGCCGAGAAUUGAAAAUGACGAAGGGAGAUUGAAACACGAAAGAUUCAGAUAUCCAACGCCUAAAGAAAGAGAAAAGCUAAGAAAGUGGACAUAA